GAAGAAAAAUACAAAACACUAAAAAACCUCUCCUCCUCGUCUCUCCGCUUCUCCCUAUAAAGCAAUCCCUCUUUUCUUUACCCUAGUUUCACUUUUGCCUUCCUUCGUUUCUCGUCUUCUUCUUCUUCUUCUUCUUAUUCUUCUUCUCUGAAACUACUCUUGUCUUUUUCUCUGCUUUUCAAAGGAGCGACGACAUGCGUGAAAUCCUUCACAUCCAAGGAGGCCAAUGCGGCAACCAAAUCGGUGCCAAGUUCUGGGAAGUUGUCUGUGCCGAGCACGGCAUAGACCCCACCGGACGUUACCAGGGAGACUCGGAUCUCCAACUCGAGAGGGUUAAUGUUUACUACAAUGAAGCCAGUUGUGGGAGGUUUGUUCCUCGUGCCGUUCUCAUGGACUUGGAGCCUGGCACGAUGGACAGCGUUAGGUCCGGAACUUACGGCCAGAUCUUUCGCCCGGAUAACUUCGUUUUCGGACAGUCUGGCGCCGGAAACAACUGGGCUAAAGGUCAUUACACGGAAGGGGCCGAGUUGAUUGAUUCUGUCCUCGAUGUCGUCCGCAAAGAGGCCGAGAACUGUGACUGCUUGCAAGGGUUUCAAGUGUGCCACUCCUUGGGAGGUGGAACUGGGUCUGGGAUGGGGACCCUUUUGAUAUCGAAGAUUAGGGAAGAGUACCCAGAUCGAAUGAUGUUGACUUUCUCGGUGUUCCCGUCUCCUAAGGUCUCUGAUACGGUUGUUGAGCCUUACAAUGCUACUUUAUCUGUUCACCAGCUUGUUGAAAACGCGGAUGAGUGCAUGGUGCUCGACAAUGAGGCCUUAUAUGACAUUUGUUUCCGGACAUUAAAGCUUACUACUCCUAGCUUUGGUGAUUUGAAUCACUUGAUAUCUGCAACAAUGUCUGGGGUAACAUGCUGCUUAAGAUUCCCCGGGCAGUUAAAUUCUGAUCUCCGGAAACUUGCUGUGAAUCUCAUCCCAUUCCCACGUCUCCACUUCUUCAUGGUGGGUUUUGCUCCUCUCACCUCGCGAGGCUCUCAACAGUACCGAGCUCUGACAGUUCCUGAGCUGACCCAGCAAAUGUGGGAUGCCAAGAACAUGAUGUGUGCAGCUGAUCCAAGACAUGGCCGAUACCUAACAGCCUCUGCCAUGUUCCGAGGCAAGAUGAGCACCAAGGAAGUAGACGAGCAAAUGCUUAACGUCCAGAACAAGAACUCUUCUUACUUUGUCGAGUGGAUUCCCCACAAUGUGAAAUCAACCGUCUGUGACAUCCCACCUACUGGUCUUAAGAUGGCAUCAACCUUCAUCGGAAACUCCACCUCUAUCCAGGAAAUGUUCCGGCGGGUGAGUGAGCAAUUCACUGCCAUGUUUAGGAGGAAAGCUUUCUUGCAUUGGUACACAGGAGAAGGAAUGGAUGAGAUGGAGUUUACUGAGGCUGAGAGCAACAUGAAUGAUUUGGUUUCGGAGUAUCAGCAGUAUCAAGAUGCGACUGCAGACGAGGAUGAUUAUGAGGAAGAAGAAGCAGAGUAUCAGGAAGAAGGCUAUUAAAGGGAGGUUGCUAUUGGGAAGGAGCAUUAACCUCAACUUCCAGUUGCUGGUUGUUUUAGUUUUAAGGAUGUAAAAGAAUGGUACUUUUGUUAUCUUUGACGGACAGCUUUGAAUUUAGCUUUUAAAACUUGUUGAAUGUAAGGAAAUUUUAUAUCUAGUCUUUCCCCUUUUUCAAUUGCAAGGUUUGCUGGUUCUAUCUGGAA